CACAAGAUCAGGUUGUCCAUAUAAGACCUGCCAACCCCGUUGAGAGCCACUGGACCCACUGAACCACAGACAUAAUUUACACUUUUUCUCACGGUAGUCCUCAGAUAUCUUUAAUCCUGUUUUAUCACUUUCCAGGUCAUUCACAGUAGCGCCUCCUGGUUGACGGGACACAGUAAUAUGUGCCUCACCUGAUAUACCAGAACGAUCUACCGAUGGAGCCAUCUUCCACCACUGAGGAGCUGUCUGGCUCAUCAACUGCUGACAAACCAGUGUCAACUAGCUCCCGACCAACCACGCUCAACAUUCCCGUGGAAAACCCGAGUCCAUUACUAUCCUCUUUCCGGACACCCUCACUGAAUGAUUUGCAACCCAUACUUCGAUCAGAAGUGGAAAAACUAUUGCAGCAAUGGAAGACGUCCUCUCCACAAACGCCCAAUAGUUUUCUGAAUCCGAAACAUGUCACUGAAGAACAAGAAUGCUUUGCCAAUGCUUUUACUCAAAAACUGAAUGAGCUGCAGGACAGCGGGUGUCUUGCGUCAAUAACCGCUGCAAUGAGCCCGACAGUGAUCAACCCAAACAGUCUGUACAACGUCUCCCUACCCGAUAUGUCUUCACCAAAUUUGUCGAAUUUCGCUGACUUAUGCCGACAAGCCGUCCAACAGCAAGCAGAUUUAUCGACUCCUCCUAUUCUUCUGUACUCGCCCACCGCCCUACAAUCUCAUCCAUUGACGGCAUCUCAGGUCAAGUCAUCACUGGUCACCACCUCACAACAGUCUUCGUCAUUCGAUUUACAGAAGUGUGCUAAUGACCUAACAAAUCUGCAAAAUCAGCUUCAAGGCGCCGUCUCAAUUACACUACCUGUGUCUGCACUAUCUGGAGCAUCUAAAGAGUUGGCAGCGUUACAGCUGGCCAACCGCUUCAAAUUCGAAAUUACCACGAAUGGCGAGGUGUCCCAGGCCUCUGUUCUCAAGAUGCUCGGCUUAGAUGCGUCUUCGAGCGAAGUUAGUGGUACUGUAUGUUCAACGGCAACGCAGCCAACUGUGGAUUCCUUAUUGUGGCCCUUACGGGUGCAAACCUCUGGAGCCAGUGAAACCGCACAGGCAGAAGGACAACACAAUAGCUUUCUCACCUCACCACGUGAUGAUCUCGAUACCAGACCUUCCUCUGUGACCAACAGCGUUGAUCAGGCUGAAAUUGGUCGAUCUUUGAGAUCUCCGUCAUCGGUUUCUUCCAAUUCGUCGACCUCUCAUCAAAACGGUGCAGAUCCACCUGUCGGGCAAGGUACUCGUUUGGAUCCUACGGAACAAUAUCGGAUGCGUCUCGAACGAAAACGAGCUAGGAACAGAGAUGCCGCACGAAAGUGUCGAGAACGUAAAAUUCGCUUGAUAAAAAGUUUAGAGAAAGAUGUAUAUCACCUCUCCGAGGAGAACAAAGCUUUGCGCAAUCGCGUUUCUCGAAGCCGGAACGAAGUUGACCGUUUGAAAUCGUUCGUAGUAAAUCACCUAGAGAAAGAAUGCCCGGCAAUUGCCGGUAGGGUUGUCUGAGCAACAUUUUUCACCAUACCUAUUUGACAGCACAGGGACACACAUAGUUAUCCUUCCACCUGUGAUCAACGUACUUUUGUUGCGCAAUGCACCUUAUUCAUACCUACCCUUGGUUGCUGUCUUUUGACUUAUCAUUAACCUUGUUAUUUAUGAGUUUCCUUGUUUCAUUCUCCUAUUAGUGUCUUUGUGUUUAUGUUCGCCUACCUCACCGUCAUCGUCAUUAUCGAUAUUCUGACUAUCCUCUGUUUAUCUCACGGAACCCGAUAUUCUGAUCCAGAUUCGUAGUGUGCAUGCAGUGAGAAAAAUGCAUUUUUAUUGUCUAGUUAAGCCAACGGUUUUGUCGUAAUCAAGUCCGUCGUCACUUGAAAUUCUGGUAAAAACACUGCUUCUAUAAUAAACACGCUUUUAUCAGGUGUUGUUUUGCCCUCACACAAGUAGCUUGUGGGCAUUUUUAACGGAGGCCCUUUCCUCUGAAGCGGUGGACACAAGUCGUAUUGAACUUUCGGUAUAAUGACUGUAAGAAGACUCUUCUACGGUGGCCAUUUCAGAGCUUUCUUCUGUGGAAUGGUGCUGCCGAAGAGUCUAUAUUCUCACCAGGGUAGUUCCGUUUUCAUUGACAUGCUGUA